CGCUGCGCUGACUGUGGUUGGAGCCGGCGGCGGCGUGCCGCAAGACUUUAGCGUGGCCUCGCUUUGUGUGCUGCGCCGCUGCGCUGGCUGUGGCGGGAGCCGGCGACGGCGUGCCACAAGACUUUAGCGUGGCCUCGCUUUGUGUGCUGCGCCGCUCUGCCGUACAAAGGCAAAACCUCCUAUGUUUCGAUUUUCGCCGAUAUUUUAUUUUUCACUAGAGCAGUUUUUGUGUUUUUGGUAAUUGUCGACGUAAGAAACAACAGAUGUCACAAAAUCGUAUAUCCUCGGAAUCCUUAGAAAACGAGAAAUUUCAUUGUUAUAAAAUAAAAUGACAAUGCCAAAUACUAUCCAUGAAAAGGCUAAAAGUAGGUUAUGCCAGUGUAAUUUUUAUGAGCGAUGCAAAGGCAAAAACACCUUUGUUGCAAAAUGCCGUCAAAAUCCCCUAUGUUAAGAAAUUAUACCUUUCCCUUGCGAAGACAAAAACCCCUAUGUUGCAAAAGGCCGUCAAAAUCCCCUAUGUUAAGAAAUUAUCCCUUUCCAUUGCAAAGGCAAAAACUCCUAUGUUGCAAAAUACUAUAAAAAAACACUGUGUUGGGAAAUUAGGGCGUUGGAAAGCAAAUACCUACGCGAUGCUCAUGUGGUGCGAUUAAAGGCAAAGUAUCAAAUACGAAUACCAGUGAUAUUGAAAUAUCAAAUAAUUUAUUGCCAGUACGCUUCGUCGAUGAAAAGAAAGUAUGCCAGUUGUUAUAAAUCAUUCUAAUGCGUGGUUGUCAUGUCCUCGCGAACAUGACAGAAAGACAAAGUCUAAACAAAGCAUGUAUUCGUUCGUCAAAAUGAUCAUACACGCAACAUUGCGGUUACACAAAACGCAUCGUCUGACGCUUAUAUUGCAGAUUGAUUGAUCACAUUGCGGUUACACAAAACGCAUCGUCUGACGCUUAUAUUGCAGAUUGAUUGAUGAUUGAUGAUUGAUUGAUGAUUGAUUGAUUGAUUGAUUGAUACCACAAGCUAUACCACAAGAAAUCAUCAAGACUGUGAGCCGAUACAAAUGCAUCAUCACAACACCAGGCAACGCUACGCCUAUGUCUUCAUCAUGUCCCGAUGUUCAUCGGGUUCGUCGCCUUUUGCGUGACUGAGUUGUGGUGGCGAAUGUCGUCCCUGCAGGCGCGCUUGUGCCGGCCGCCAUCGUCUCCCAGAAGGCACGCUUGUGCUGCUCGAGAUGAGGCACGAGCGUCUCGCAGAUGGCCUUGAUCUUUGCCUUCUCGAUACCAGAUAUCUUCGAUCUCAUUGGCAGCGGCUCUUCUGCUGAAAACGUGCUCUUCGUUAGCUUGUAUGCCAUCCACGUUGUCCCUUUUAGGUCAGUCUUCAUCAUGAGGUCCUCGGACCCCCGCCGAACUCUCAGAGCCUUCAGGUCCGCCAGAUAUGGCCGCUGUUCGUCGCUUGACAGCGCCGCCAGUCGCUGCCGGCUGAUCCCGUCCUCCACUUCUACCAUGUUCACCUGUGGCCUCAUUUGCAUGGUUUUUGUGCCACUAGCCUCCGUAGCCUUGACAUAGUCUUCAAAAUCUUGUAUCUUCCGUUGCUUGAACCUCUUUGAUAUCGUCUGAUGUACAGCGUCAGCCGACAUGGACGUGUGUCCUGUUUCCAAAAACUUCACUGUGAUCGUGCUCGUUCUCGUCUUCGUAGAGUUGACCGUCUUCAGAAGAGCGCUGCACAAGGCCCAACUCUUAUUCUGCGCACCACAAUUAUCCGCCCAGAUGGUAACAUGAGCGACGUCCCGACAGGCGGACUCGAGGUACAGCACAUAUGCUGCGGCGACCUCUUCUGCGCUCCGUCCAGCGUGUCCUUCGUGCCAGACUACGCACAUACUGUUCUCCUUCUGGAGAGCCCUUCUGCUUGAUUUAUCUCCUUUGUCUGUCGGCAUGAGGAUGCUGAAAGUUUCAUUGUAGCAAAUUAGUCUCUGUGUGAAGAUGGCUUCUUUCAAGGGAAGAAUCGGAAUUACCAUGACUUUCAUCAUAUCGGCUGACAGCACGAUCUCAUCAUCACUCCAUGUUCUAUCUGCGUCGGCACGAUACUCGUUUCUAGCUAUCUUGGCUAGAUCCAUGUGUUCAGCGUGAGCGCAGCACUCACUACAUCCUUCGAUGUGCUCGGAGGGUUCCUUCGCCUGCCUUCCAUGGCAGUCCUUCAAAUGCUGGAGAUGAACGGAGCAUUUCGCACACUCUUCUCCCGCGAGUUGUGCGAACGAGAUGUUCAUCUCGCGCACGACCUUCCUGUAUGUCUCGUAAGAGCACUGCCCACCACGGCGGGUGUAGUCUGUGUACAUGUCACGCACAGUUACAUCUGAGGGUAAGUACAUCCUCUGAGGCGCAUGCAUAUAGCGAUAGUGGUGCUUGAUUGGGUGGUAUAAGUUGACGUGAUCCUUGAUCAUAUAGCGGUCAGUCUUGUUCGAAGGGCAGUGACACCCCCGCUCGUCUCCUGCCGGCCGGAUCGAACCAUCUUUGACGGCUGAUAGGACAGCUUCAGCGUUAUCAGCCGCGAACCCGAGUGUUGUCAGAUAGAACGAUCUGCACACAGUGACCGAUUUGUCUCCAGAUGGCAACGACCAGGAGAACGCCCUGGUACGCCUGGGAUCAGAUUCCCUCCGGUGUUCGGGACGACGAACAUGCACGUCUGUUGACUUGACGUAAGUUCGAUACCACUGUUGGCGUGCCUCACGGCUGAGCUGGUUGACCUCAGUGUUAAUCUCGAUCCGAGUGGAUUCCAAAACCUUCUUGAAACACUCAUUGCGGCAUCCAUCCUUGCACUGUUUUGGAACAUUUAGUACCGGAUGCUUCUGCGCGAAGUUGGCGACUUUCUGUGCGGAGGUUCUCGCUCUCUUCUUGACUGCCGUUUUUCUUCGCUUAGGUGGGGGUGAGCUGGUCGCUGGCGAGUCUACUUCUCCUUCUGCUUCCGGAAGAUCAUCUGGGUCAACAGUUUCCUCGGUCGUACCUUGCAUGUCGCCGUGUGUGUUAGUGGCGGCUCUUGGCGUGAAUAUGCCUACUAACGGGGACACUUCAAGCAACAGCUCGUCUUCGCUCAGAAACAGAUGUUCUACCGACUCCAUGUUCGCGUCAUUCAUGGAAGUCAGUGGGUUCAAAUAUCUUUGCAUUUCCGAUGUCUCGGGCAUUGCUUCCCUCUCUGGCUCCAGAUAUGCAAAGGCUUCGUCACAAAACAGCUCGUCACCAGGUCCGCCCGGUGCUCCGUCUCCGCCUGGUCCACUCGGUGUCAUGCCUCCGUCCAUUCCACUCGGUGUGCUGUCUCCGCCUGGUUCACUCGGUGUCCUGUCUCCGUCCGUUCCAGUCGGUGUUCCGUCUCCGCCUGGUCCGCUCGAUGUGCUGCCUCCGUCCAUUCCACUCGGUGUGCUGUCUCCGCCUGGUUCGCUCGGUGUGCUGUCUCCGUCCGGUCCAGUCGGCGCUCCGUCUCCGUCCGGUACGCUGGGUGCUCCGUCUCCGCCUGGUCCGCUCGAUGUGCUGCCUCCGUCCGGUCCAGUCAGUGUGCUGUCUCCGUCCGGUCCAGUCGGUGCUCCGUCUCCAUCCGGUACGCUCGGUGCUCCGUCUCCGCCUGGUCCGCUCGAUGUGCUGCCUCCGUCCAUUCCACUCGGUGUGCUGUCUCCGCCUGGUUCGCUCGGUGUGCUCUCUCCGUCCGGUCCAGUCGGUGCUCCGUCUCCAUCCGGUACGCUCGGUGCUCCGUCUCCGCCUGGUCCGCUCGAUGUGCUGCCUCCGUCCGGUCCAGUCAGUGUGCUGUCUCCGUCCGGUCCAGUCGGUGCUCCGUCUCCAUCCGGUACGCUCGGUGCUCCGUCUCCGCCUGGUCCGCUCGAUGUGCUGCCUCCGUCCAUUCCACUCGGUGUGCUGUCUCCGCCUGGUUCGCUCGGUGUGCUCUCUCCGUCCGGUCCAGUCGGUGCUCCGUCUCCAUCCGGUACGCUCGGUGCUCCGUCUCCGCCUGGUCCGCUCGAUGUGCUGCCUCCGUCCAUUCCACUCGGUGUGCUGUCUCCGCCUGGUUCGCUCGGUGUGCUCUCUCCGUCCGGUCCAGUCGGUGCUCCGUCUCCAUCCGGUACGCUCGUUGUGCUGUCUCUGUCCGGUCCAGUCAGUGUGCUGUCUCCGUCCGGUCCAGUCGGUGCUCCGUCUCCAUCCAGUACGCUCGGUGCUCCGUCUCCGCCUGGUCCACUCGGUGUCGGUGUCACCGCCUCAUCUUCGACCUCUGUGAAAAGCGGGUUGAUGGGAUUCCUGAGUCUGUAAUUACUAUUUUCAGGGCCGCUGAAUGAACUGAAUGUACUCAAUGUAUGAAUGUACUCAACAGACAUGUUCGUGGAUCCUAGAAAUGGAUCUGGAGAUCUGAUCCCAUGUAUCUGGAUCCGAUAUCAUAUGGGAUCAUAGAUCCGAGUCUCCAUUUUGUCGAGAGAUCCACUCGGAUCAUGGAUCCGGCAUUCGGUUUUGUCGAGAGAUCCACUUGGAUCAUAGAUCCCAAGCUCCCCAACCUGCUAUCAUCCAAGAACAAGAUAGCAGGUUCAAGACCGUGAUUCAGUGCAAUAUGUGACUAAUGAUGCCCAAGUUCAAGCUUAAAUUGGUUAAUUAACCGUUAUUAACAGUUAUAAGUGUCAAAAACUGUUUUUGUCGAGAGAUCCACUCGGAUCAUGGAUCCAACCUUUGGUUUUGUCGAGAGAUCCACUGGGAUCAUAGAUCCGACCUUCGCUUUCGUCCAGAGAUCCAUUGGGAUCAUGGAUCCAUGAUUCCAUUUUGUCACGGGAUCCACCGAGAUCAUAGAUCCACAGUUGGGAUCCAAGAACAUGUCUGGUACUCAAUGAACUGAAUGAAUUCAAUGUAAACAAUUGAUCCUAAAAGAAACGCUGAUUGUUGUCUUUUUAAUGUUUUCAAAUACAGUCAAACAUGGUUCAUGUAAUACGUAUGUACUUGCACAUUUAAAAGUAUUUACCUUGCACAAGGCCGAAGCUUUUCGGUGGCUUGAAAACUAUGACUCCGGUCCACAGUUUCUUCCCAUGAAGCAUCGUGACCGCUGAACCGCCACAAUGUGAACCUCUAAGAGACGAGAGAGGCACGUAGUGCGAUUGGCCCUUGCUGACGUCUUCCCACUGAACAAGAACAUGAGGUCUUCCGGCCACUUUCCUGUUAUAUGCAUAGGGCACGCCCCCUUUGCGAGGCUUCAUGGCGAUAGGUUACCUAAAUACACAUAAGUGACAAUGAUUAUCGAUUAAUGUUUUAAAUUCGUGAGGAAAUCACGGUGAGAAAAUUGAAUCACAGUAACUAUUCGACCGGUCGCGUCGGCAGGAAUCAAAGCCUAAAUCAACGCCAAGAUCAAAUAAACCGCCCGUUUGAGGCGGUAAAACUCGAAUAAAACUCACCUGCGUUGUGAAAUAGUGUACCUCCAAAUGGAAGAUACCGAUUCCACAUGGGCAAAUUCUCCUAUGUUAUUCUGAAAAAUGGGUUUGUAUACAAAGGAGAUUAAACAAAGGAGAUUUCGCCAUUUAUCAGAACAUCAGUGGUUUUGCCUUUGCUUUUCGGUUGCAUUCCCAGAACAUAGGAAUUCCAAAAAAACUUAAGUCAAAAUAAUUCUUAAAAUAUACAUUUUAUUAAUGGUCUGACAGCACCAAAAUACGCGACAUGGGAACACGAAUCGAAUGAUAUAAAAAACGCCAAAUCGGCCAAAAAUGAACAUAGGAGGUUUUGCCUUUGCACGGCAGCGCUGUGCUGGCUGUGGCGGGAGCCGGCGGCGGCGUGCCGCAAGACUUUAGCGUGGCCUCGCUUUGUGUGCUGCGCCGCUGCGCUGGCUGUGGCGGGAGCCGGCGGCGGCGUGCCGCAAGACUUUUAUGGUAUUGGUGAUCAAUGAUCAUUCACAUUCGUGAUCGUGGUAACCUCGGUUAUUUGCCGUUUGUGAGACUGUUUGGCGCGGUGAGAACUGAUAUUUGCAGAGCUGAGUUCGGACCGAGCAUGUUGGUUCUGCGCUGUUGGUUACUACUCUGUGCUCGUGGUAAAUUCACAUUAUCAUUUAUACAAUUAAUGACAGCUCAAGUUUCGCCUCAGUUUUGCGUGUGAGUGGUGAAGCUUGUUUCCGUUUUAAAGUCGUUAAUGUGUGUUUUGUGCGCAUAUUUUUAACCCGGACUUCUUGAAGCAUUGAGAUGAAUAUACGAAUCGCUGGGAGGGAUGCA